AUGCAAAACAUCUGUAUCAGUCAAUCUGACAGCCCUAGUGGGCAUACUCCACAACAGUUUCCACGAAAAUGGAACUGUAGUAUUGACCGACCACUUACAGCUAAAGAAUAUGAUUCAUUAAUUCAUUUAGCUGAACAUGCAAUAUUCAUUGAUUACAAUGACAGUUGUUUCAGCAAAGCUGUGGAAUCUAUUAAAAAUGAACCCUUGAUUGGAAUUGAUGUGAAGGCAACAAAUAUUGAUAACCAUUAUGAAGUGACACUUCUUAGCAUUUCCACACAAACAUGUGUAUACCAGUUUGACAUACUGAAACUUGGAAUGGCAGCUUUUGACAAUGGAUUACGGUCUAUUUUUGAAAGUAGUGUACAGAAAGUAAUUCAUAAUAGCCGUCUUUCUUCAGGCUGUUUAUAUCAUAAAUACUCAGUCAGGAUAGAUAAUGUUUUUGAUACACAAGUGGGUGAACUAAUGAUAGAGAAGAAUGUAUGUGGAUACUUUCCAAAGUAUGUUUGUAGUUUACCAGAGUGCAUGCAAAUAUUUCUGGGAAUACCACCAAGAGUAGUGCAGUUUAACAAAGGUGAUACGGUAAUGUGGAUGAAGCGUCCUUUGUCACAAAGCCUGAAGUUUGCAGGAGCACAGGAUGCCAUCUUUCUGUUGCCCCUACAGGAAUCCAUAAUGGCCAAAAUGUUUGUAUCUUUAAAGAAAGGUAUAAACAUUUUCCUCAAAACAGUCAGAGAUUCAGAAUGUGAUGAAGCUGCUCAGCACAUAGGAAUGAAUUAUCUCGUUCCACAAGAAUUUCUUGAGCUUGACUGUGGAAGCAGUGAGUCAUAA